AUGGCUACGCUAGGCGGAUACCUCAAUAGCAAGACACCCCUCCCAAGCUCUACCGACCUGAUCAGCUUGCUAACAUCCUUACCAGAGAAAGUCUUGAUCGUCACAGCCGACUCCCGUAUUCUUGUCGGAACCUUGUCAGCAUGCGAUCAGUCAACCAACCUAGUCUUGAACACCGCCGUGGAACGAAUCAUCCGAACGCCCGACGACGAUGAACCCUCUGUCCAAGUACCCCUGGGCCUGUACCUCGUUCGAGGCGAUAACGUAUGCUCGAUCGGCCUCGUAGAUGAGGCGCUCGACGAUAGCAUCAACUGGACAGAAGUCAAGGGUUCAGCGAUCGGUGGCAUAAAACAUACAUAG